AUGCAUGAAAAGAAAUUACAUCAAAUUCAAACGAAUUUCUUCUGUAAUCUAUGCUCAGCUUAUUUUACAUGUAAAUCAUCGCUACAGAAACACCGCAAUUUUCGCCAUCGUUCAGCAUUCAAAACUCAACAAUCGACAAACAUAUCAGAUAAUUGGACAACGAUGCAAGAUGAUCAACUUCAUUCUACUGCGAAUGUCUUCGAUUCAUCAACAACGCUUCCUAUCAAUAGUAAUGAUUUGUUCAAUAGUAAUUUGACGAAUCAAUCUUCCUAUGAAUCACAACAAUCUGUUCACUAUCAGAUUCUUAAAUGCAAUGAAUACAAUUAA